AUGUCUUCUCAGUGGCAGCAGCUGAGGCAAGGCCUGCCCUGGAAGGCCCAGCAGCAGCAGCAGGUGAAGCAGCCCUGUCAGUCACCUUCUAUCAGAUGUCAAGAAACAUGUGUACCACAAACCAAGGAUCCAUGUGCUCUGCAGCCCAAGAAACAAUGCCCAUCCAAGGGCACAGCGAUCCUCACCCAGCACAAGUGUCCUGUGGCCCAGCAAGCCCCCAAGAAUAAACAGAAGUAA